AGAGUUCCUCACAAAGCCUCGGUGGGAAGCUUUGGUUUCCUCAACUUCAUCCGGACGCAGUGGCUUUACGAGAUCUUGGCCAGUAGCACUGCUAUUUUGGCUCUAGUCGCAAUUAUCGUCACUCUUGGAACCUACGACGGCCGAACUCUCCCGAAAUGGCCGUACCGAAUCUCCGUAAACGCUCUCGUAUCAGUUUUUGGCGUUAUACUUAAAGGCUUGAUGUUGGUUCCUAUUGCUGAAGGUCUUAGCCAGCUGAAAUGGCUUUGGUAUAGUGAUCCCCGUCCACUUAAUCAUUUUUCUAAAUUCGACGAGGCAAGUCGUGGUAUUUGGGGC